AUGCUCGUAUCUAUCUCCCUGUCGCUUUUCUGCUCGUAUCUAUCUCCCUGUCGCUUUUCUGCUCGUAUCUAUCUCCCUGUCGCUUUUCUGCUCGUAUCUAUCUCCCUGUCGCUUUUCUGCUCGUAUCUAUCUCCCUGUCGCUUUUCUGCUCGUAUCUAUCUCCCUGUCCCUUUUCUGCUCGUAUCUAAUCCCUGUCGCUUUUCUGCUCGUAUCUAUCUCCCUGUCGCUUUUUCUGCUCGUAUCUAUCUCCCUGUCGCUUUUCUGCUCGUAUCUAUCUCCCUGUCGCUUUUCUGCUCGUAUCUAUCUCCCUGUCGCUUUUCUGCUCGUAUCUAUCUCCCUGUCGCUUUUCUGCUCGUAUCUAUCUCCCUGUCGCUUUUCUGCUCGUAUCUAUCUCCCUGUCGCUUUUCUGCUCGUAUCUAUCUCCCUGUUAUUUUUUUUCUGCUCGUAUCUAUCUCCCUGUCGCUUUUUCUGCUCGUAUCUAUCUCCCUGUCGCUUUUCUGCUCGUAUCUAUCUCCCCGUCCUUUUCUGCUCGUAUUUCUCCUUCUUUUCUGUCGCAUUAUAUCUGUCCUUUGUCUGUCCUUUUCUGCUCGUAUCUAUCUCCCUGUCGCUUUUCUGCUCGUAUCUAUCUCCCUGUCGCUUUUCUGCUCGUAUCUAUCUCCCUGUCGCUUUUCUGCUCGUAUCUAUCUCCCUGUCGCUUUUCUGCUCGUAUCUAUCUCCCUGUCGCUUUUCUGCUCGUAUCUAUCUCCCUGUCGCUUUUCUGCUCGUAUCUAUCUCCCUGUCGCUUUUCUGCUCGUAUCUAUCUCCCUGUCGCUUUUCUGCUCGUAUCUAUCUCCCUGUCUGCUUCCUAUUCCCUGCUUUUCUGCUUUUAUAUCUAUCUCCCUGUCGCUUUUCUGCUCGUAUCUAUCUCCCUGUCGCUUUUUCUGCUCGUAUCUAUCUCCCUGUCGCUUUUCUGCUCGUAUCUAUCUCCCUGUCGCUUUUCUGCUCGUAUCUAUCUCCCUGUCCUUUUUCUGCUCGUAUCUAUCUCCCUGUCGCUUUUCUGCUCGUAUCUAUCUCCCUGUCGCUUUUCUGCUCGUAUCUAUCUCCCCCUGUCGCUUUUCUGCUCGUAUCUAUCUCCUGUCGCUUUUCUGCUCGUAUCUAUCUCCCUGUCGCUUUUCUCUGUAUCUAUCUCCUGUCCCUGUCUAUCUCCCUGAAACUUUUCUUUAUCUCUCCCUCGCUUUUCUGCUCGUAUCUAUCUCCUGUCGCUUUUCUGCUCGUAUCUAUCUCCCUGUCGCUUUUCUGCUCGUAUCUAUCUCCCUGUCGCUUUUCUGCUCGUAUCUAUCUCCCUGUCGCUUUUCUGCUCGUAUCUAUCUCCCUGUCGCUUUUCUGCUCGUAUCUAUAGCUAUCUAUAUGAAUUCUGCAACUGACAGGCCCGAGGCAAGCACGAUUCCUUCGCAAGAUGUCGAACUUAUUCGUUUAGUCGAAGCUGAUUAUAUCAAUGGCGGACGUGUCGAAGUGUUCCAUGAUGGUGUUUGGGGAACUAUUUGUGAUGACGAUUGGGACGACAGAGAAGCCACCGUUGUCUGCAAUAUGCUAGGAUACGCCUUUGGCAAGGCUUUUAUAGCCUCUCGGUUCGGUUCGGGUAGUGGAGCAAUUUGGAUGGAUGAUGUCGGCUGCAUAGGUAAUGAAACAUCAUUAUUCCAGUGUGCCCAUCAUGGUUGGGGUCGCCACAAUUGCGGUCAUACAGAAGACGCAAGUGUCGUCUGCCUCACAGGUGAAUAG